GUGGCGUUAUUCUGUUGUUCAGUUAUAUCCAAUACGCACCUUUACGAUCUAUUCUUUGCUACUUUAUAAUACCAAAAUGGCGUUCUACGGAAAGCUCUACACAUUAGAAAAGAACGAAAACUUCGAUAGCUUCAUCAAAAGCCUGAACAUCCCUCAAGACCGAGCAGAAGCCUACGUGAACUCAAAACCUUCCCAAAAAAUCGAAAAAGAUGGAGACUAUUACAUUAUUACUACCAACUCUAUAAUGGGGGUUAGCGAAAUCAAAUUCAAACCUGGUGUUGAAUUCGACGAAGUUUUGACACCAGAAAUUACUACCAAGACCACAGUAACUGUAGACGGCAAUAAAUUCACUCAAGUCCAAACGCUGGGUGACAAGUCUGUGACAUACGUCAGAGAAUACACGCCCGAACAGCUAGUAAUCACACUUACCUCCAAUUUCUGGGACGGCACCGCGAAAAGAUACUACGUCGCUAAGUAAAACUUAUUUAUUUAUUAAUAAAGGUGGUGACUUACAAUUAUUAUUUAUUAGAAUGUUGAACAUCACAUUAUCAGGAUCCGAUCUCAAUCAAGAACAAGAGAAAUGCUAAAUAUAUUUAUGUAGGAUAGAAAAUAAUAAUACCUACACGUUUUUAAAAUAAAAC